AUGGAGAAGACUUUGAACAGAAUUCAUCCAGUUUCCGAUCCAGAAGCAACAUAUUUUCUACAAGUAUCAUGGGAAAAAGAUUUAGGCACUGGCUUUGGUAUAAUACUUAGUGAUGGUCAAUGUGCAUGGGCUGGGACAGUGUCUGAAGCUGAAAUUUCUAGGGAGGCUGCUGACAUGGAAAUGAAUAGAGAAAAGUAUGUCGAAGAACUGAAGAAAGCAUUGGUAGCUGGAGAAGAAUCAGCUGGGAAAUAUAACUUUGCGAUUUCAAGAGAUGAAGAAAAUAUGGAAUGUCACUUUUCCUAUGAAAGAAAUCUAAAAGAUGGCACUUUUAGACUUGGGUCUCUGAAGCUACAGAAAGUUUCGAGUCCGGAGGAGGUGGUUAGGGAGCUGAUUGGUUACUGUCUGGACUGCCUGGGAAGACUGCAAGCAAAAAAUGAGCAUCUGCAAAAAGAAAAUGAAAGGCUUUUCAGCAACUGGAGUGAUGUGGAGAAGCGGCUGGAAAAAUGUGUGGAAGCUAAAGAAGAACUAGAAGCAGACCUUUAUAAUCGGUUUGUUUUGGUGCUGAAUGAAAAGAAAGCAAAGAUAAGAAACUUACAGAGGUUGUUGAAUGAAGCUAAAGAAUCUGCAGCAGAUGCCAAAUGUACAAGGGGUAGUAUAGCUACUACUCAGGUGGUUACAGGGGAAGAAAAUUACUAUGACGGCAGCACUGAUGAGGAAAGUGAAAAUUUAACACGGACAUCAUUACCGUCAGCACCAGAACGAAGGCAUUCCAUUCUGGGUAGCCCAGAUGUCGUUGAUACUGCUCCAAGAAGAAAGCGAAGACAAAGGACAGCAAAGUCUGCCGGGACAGGAGCUAAGAUGGCUACUUAUGAGACAGAACUGCCAGCCAAGGAAAAACCUGAUCUGGCCUCGCAGAAGACGUCGGGCAAGCAUUCCCUGGAUGUGAUGUCUCUCGAAACACUGGAAAACACUUGUCAGCCAGAGGACCUCUUUGAUGACAUCUAA